UGUCUGCGCACAUCUGCUCUCGAUUGGCGCAUGGCGGAGCAAAAUAGUGGCCGUGGUGUUGACGCAUCCAAUUACCAACCGCCGUAUACCCGUAGCAUGGUCGCUGAUGAGCUUGGCCACACGCCGACGCGCACGGGGGCAAAAAAAACUCACGUCAUAUACUCCAGACAGUCGAGCCAUCAUGGAAGCUCUUUGCUGUGGCCCUUGACUCUCAAAUACAUCCAGACCGAAUUUUUCUCCAGUGGGGCAACACCAAAAAAAAAUGGCAGAAAACUACACCUUGCGUAUCACGGCCGGCCCAGGCUACGACGAGGAUGGGCAUGUUCAAGUUCCUGUCAACAUGGCUCAGCCAAUUCGCAUCUCUAGUGACCUCGCCGACAUUGAGCUCAACGUGCGAAUCCAGGAUUACAAAGGACUCCCUCGUGAAUCGCCAGCCACGUCUCCCUACUUCUCCGCCGAGCCUCAUGCCUACAACCAGGAUCAGUACAGCAUCGCGUUCCGUUUCACCGCCAAGAAGCCAGCUGGUGAAGAUGGCGCUGGAAUCAUGGCUACGAACUUGCAGUUCGGUAAUGACUUUGAUCGCCCCAUCCGAGAUCGCCUUCCCCCCGGUUUCAACACAGCCAUGAGCAUUGUCCGGUGGUGGAUUGACCCGGGCCUGGAUGGAGAUGCCUAUGCCGACAAGCCAUACUUGUAUGGGCCCGCUCUAAGCUCCUUCAACACCAUCCAUGUGGGUUCCGGUGAGUUUGACGAGGACAAGGGUGGUCUCUGGUUCGAGGAAGGCGGCGACGAAGCUGGUUUGAAGGCCCGUGAGGAGAUCGGAGCCCCCGAAGACAACAAGGCGCGGAUGAAGUGGGCGCUCCGCGCCGAUAGCAAGGAUAAGUGGGUGUUUGAGUACGACCAGACCUAUGGCCUGGAUUUCUUCAACCCCUAUCUCGACUUUUCCAACCUGGCCUUGAACCUGCCCGGGUUCCAGUUGCCCAUCAUGAAGUACUGGGAUGGCCAAGGCCUCAGAUACGUCUUGAGGAACAAGGAAACAGAUCAGACAUAUCUGGUCGUCCUCUUCACUCUGUACAACAAAGAAUUUGUCAAUGAGGACGGGUCCCUCAAGCCGGGGGCCAAGGAGUCCAUUGCCGAGCAGCGAGAGAUCCCGAUUCCCGAAGAGGAGGGCGAGUACAACGAGGUCAAAGCCCUCAACGAAGCGCGAGACAAGUUCGGGCCCAAGUUUGGCGAGGAGGGGUACGAAAAGACCAGCCCCGACGACGUAGAUUAAUGGCGGGAUCUGACCGGCUUUGACCGGCUUCGACCGGCUGGCUUAUCGGACACAGUGGGAGCGUGCCGGGGCACCGAAGCCCCCGGUGCCCGUUGCAACGUCACGCUGACGAUAUUGGUUCUAAUGGAAUAAUUCUCUGCUUCGCCCAUGUUACCAUGUGACUGCAUAUUUCGUCGUCUACGCAGCCAGGAUCCACCACAAUUGAGUCUGGGGCUGUAGGUCGUAUCCUGGCCAUAGAACAUAGGCGAAUAAGGGGUGGGUGGACAACAUAAAAGCUUCGAAAAGCUAGAUCGGGAUAGUGUUGAGGAACUGAACCAAUUCCAUGGACGCUAGAGUUCAAUGGUACGCCGAGAAUGAGAAUUUCACAACCGCCGUCUCAUGCUAG